UGCUUAGACUUUCACUCCGGCCGCUGCUCAACUUCAGGAAUCCUUCAUUUUACUCUCAACGCGCCUUUGUAUCUAGUCGUUCGAUUCCUCCGAUGGCUCUCACCCCGCUGAACUUCGCAGCUGGCCCCCUCGUCUGGGUGGACUGUGAAAUGACGGGCUUGAACCACAAGACAGAUAGGAUCAUAGAGAUUGCUGUCCUCAUAACUAAUGGCAACCUCGAGUUAGUGGAUGAAGGGCUCGAGUAUAUCAUCCGAACAGACAAAGCGAACUUAGACAGCAUGGACGAAUGGUGCACGAACCAGCACGGCAAGUCCGGCUUGACUGCCGCUUGUCUCGGCUCCCCACAUUCCACGGAGUUUGUUGCUAAAGAGGUGCUAGCAUAUAUCAAGAAGUGGAUUCCAGAACAGCGAGUCGGUGUCCUCGCGGGGAGCACCGUGCACUUCGACAAAGUCUUCCUUGCUGAGCAAAUGCCAGAAGUCGUGAACUGGCUACAUUACCGUAUCGUCGACGUGUCAUCGAUUAAAGAACUCUGCCGCAGGUGGUAUCCCAAACUUACACCGCAAAAGUCGGCACCUAAUGAGAUUGCUCAUCGGGCGCUGGACGAUAUUCGAAGCUCUAUUCGGGAGCUGAAAUGGUACCGUGAAAACAUCUUUAUCUCGCCGAAUGCAUCAACUUCGGCACCUACCCCAGGAUCAACGGAGACGGCCGAUUAGUCUUCCGCCCUCUGCCUGGAACAUCAGCCCUGAUUAAACGCAGAACAGCUACUCUAGUGGCGCUUCAGUUUCCCACCGGCUUCCGGUUGCGCUCUCACAGGCAAGACCUGCCAUGGUGCUCGAGGCAAGUCUCGACGACCUUCAACACGACGACAUCAUUCAUCUGUUCGUUGUGUCAACAUAUUUCGGAUCGCUACAAUCGGCCAUGGGUGUAUCCUAGUCUGUUGCUCUGGCCUAGAAUCUCAAUCUAUAUGAUCCCUUGCAAACGACACAGGUCGAGACGCGCUAAUUGUCUUCAGGAGCGCUUAGUUUUCAGCAUGUCCCUGUCUCUUUGUUUCUGCCAGGUUCCGAGAAAUAUACAGGUGUCCUCAAUCCUCUGCUCAAAAAUAUUCUGUGGCGCGAUGGUCCGAGCUGUCAUUCGCGCCAACGGAAUGCGGGGUCCAUCUUGACAUCUUCAUGUUCCCCGCCGCCGUUCUCGUUGACGAUAGUACGUCAUGACGAGCGCAUCUCUGCCUCUG